AUGCUACCAGAGCUCCCUUUUCACAACGAUUCACCUGCAUCCUAUGCUUCUCAACCAGAUGAGAGGCCUUUUAUCAUCCGGUUUCUUCAGAGUUGCCUUGAUGAGACUGUUUCACGGAUUGGCAACGUCACUGCCGGCGUCCCACGAUGCUUCGCCGUACAUCAUAUCGUUCUUUUUGCCAUUCAUAAACUAGACAGCCAUCAAUCUAACCGUUCAGCUGUAGCACCCUUUCGGUGCCUAACUGCCAUGCCAUCCGAAAGGAGCACGAGGGCUAGGAUACCGCCAAGUUGCCCAAAGCUAGACAAGGCAAGUCGAGAGGUGGAGGUCGGGUUCGAACCAUGGACCUUCUGGACUCUGGAGUUUGACCGGGAGCAUGCUAUCGAUGAUGUAAGCUACGUCAACAACAACAGUUUUAACAAUGCGUUUUACGGUAGGUACUGUGAACAUGAGCGUCUCUCGCUGUACAACCCAGGCACAGAUAUUAUAAGUAUGGAACGUGGACAGAUAAGACAAACACCGUUUUUAGUCACCUCAGAUAAAAAUUCCGCAUUAUAUAUCUUCAUACCUGAGUGUGGUUCAAAACACUCGCCUUGCUCGAACGUGAUGAAUCAGAUUCAUCCAGUCUGCUUUCGUGUAAUGAUCGUAACACACUCACCCAGCAUGUCAGGUGUCCAGAUUUCAAACUCUUGCACUUUGAAACUCUAUGCACCACUCACGGCCUCUAAUAAGAGCAAAACUCGAGUCGAUUAUUUUGAUUUGAGCUCAACAGAACAACACCACCGGAGCAGGAAGAAGUCUGUAAAAACGAGAAUGAUGUGA